AUGCGCCAUUGCAAGAGAACGAAUAAUUUGAAGCUGGAGGCCAACGGCACCUACGUGCAGGGCAACGCCGUGCCCUUCGACGUGGACGUCGACCCGCGCUCCGGCCGCGUGUUCGUGUCCAUGCCGGCCAUGAUGAACGGGGGCGCCGUGACGCUGGCCACGGUGGAGGACCCGGCCCAGGUGCAGUCGCCCCGCCUGGUGCCCUACCCGGACUGGAGCUGGCACGCGGGCGCUCGCGGCUGCGAUGGGCUCACCUCCGUCUUCCGCAUCCACUGCGAUCGUACGGGCUUACAUCCUUCAGAUGCAGAUGCCUCUGUGACUGCACACUUCUUAGCCAUCGGUCGUUUCAAAAAAAGCUAUAUUACUGAUCGUAAAGAAACAACAAUUCCGAGAGCUCUAAACGAUAUUUUCCAGUACAAAGAAGGUACAAAGGAGCAAAGCAAGGGGAUACCUCCCAAGCAAUGUGUGAGUAAAAUGAUCGCACGUGCACAGGUGGACCGCUGCGACCGCCUGUGGGUGAUUGACUCGGGCAUCGUCGACAUCACCAACACGUUCACGCGGCGCUGCCCGGCCCAGCUGCUGGUGUUUCAGCUGCGCACCAACAAGCUGCUGGUGCGCCACCGCUUCCAGACCCCGGAGGCGAGCUGCGACGAGGCGCUGCUGCUGACGGUGGCCACGGAGCAGCUGGACGCGCAGUGCGGCAACGACGCCUACGCCUACGUGGCCGACGCCGGCGCCUACGCCCUCUUCAGCCUAAGGUCGUGGAGGGUGGCGAGCGACCUCUUCUUCCCGGACGUGAACGCGCGCGAGUUCAGCGUGGCCGGCACCUCCAUGACCCUCAUGGACGGCGUGCUGGGGCUGGCGGUGUCCCCGCGCGUCGGCGCCGCCUGCGGCAGCCACCUCUACUUCCACGCGCUCACCAGCUUCCAGGAGGGCCGCGUGUGCACCGCCGUGCUGCGCAACGCCUCCUUGUUCGCCGACGGCGCCAACAACGCCGACAGCGCCUUCUCUUUCAUCGGACGGCGCGAAGGGCAGUCUGGUGCUCAGGGUUCGAGCUCCUCUGGAGUAUUAUUUUUCAAUCCUGUCAAUAAAUACUCUAUCAACUGCUGGAAUCAACGCAGGAAUUACGCCAGCCCCAACCUGCCGGCGGUGGAGCAGGACCGCGAGGUGCUGCGCUUCGUCACGGGGCUGAAGGUGAUCCCCGGCACCGGCAAGAGCAGGCCGGAGGAGGUGUGGGCCAUCUCCAACAACGCCCAGCUCCUCUUCACAGGCACCUUCCGGCCCAACGUCAACAACACCGUCAACAUCGUGCGGGGCGCCGUGCCAACGCUGCUCGCCGGCGUCAACUGUUAGUCCUCGCAGACUGACUCAACGAGCGGAAUUUCGCCGCUCGGAAACUAAUGUUAUGCUUCACACGGCAGAGGAAACUAGUUUUCCAAGAGAGGUGUCUUUCGUGAGGAGAAGUUUCACCUAUUAUUUUGGAUCUGAGCGAUCUUCUAAUUAUUUUUGAAAAUGUCGUUUGCGUUCUGUGAAUAAAAUGUUUACUAGGCAUAUUUUUAUUUUAUUUCCAAAUUUAAAGUGUUUCCGAUAUUUUCCUAUUACUUAUAUAUUAGAAAUAUAUAACUUUUAAAAUUAUUAAUAGAUUUGAUAUUUUCAUUCUUAUUGGUCAUUCUUUCAUAAUCCAUUGUUUUUAGACCAAAUGAAAAUUAAUUUUGAUAUAAACGUGUUUACUAAUUUUUCUGUUUUAAAUAUUUAUAGAUGAAUAAAAAUUGUAGAAACACCAUUUCUAUUGUUGUAUUAAGAGAAAUGACAUAUAAAUAUAAUAUAAAUAUGUUUCAAUAGUUUUUUAAAUUGCAAUAAAAUACAAAAAUAUCUUCAUUGGUCACGAAGACAUUUACUCUAGCAACUCAUUUUUGCCUGUUUCUUUAAAAUUCAAGUAUAGUUAAUAUUAAACAAGCAAGUAAUUAUUAAUCUUGGGUCUUGAUGAAUUCAUCAAAUCAAGAAAUAAAUCCUUACCAACUCAGUUAAAGACCGAAAAAAGAUAAUUGAAACCUUAAAAACGCACAAGUUUGCAUAACAAUGGAACAGUUCAUUUACUUUUAAAAUAAGUAUAUAAUGGUAUGAUCGGAUCAGAGUUUUAACAGAACAACACGUUUCGACGCUCCUUGAGUAAUGGAUUUAUGUUUCUAAACAUAUACUUGUAAGACUAUAGUAAGAAAAAUAUUAUUUUUUGUUCUAAACUUUUUGAACUCUUUCUGACUUAUUCUCGAUUAAACUAACAUUCUAGAUUUGAGUCUUACAUGUCUUUAUUGUUAUCAUCUAUCUAUAAAACAGCACUUUUGGGAGAAGCUGUUCACUCGAAAAGUAAGGCUUGCAUGUGCUUAGUCAUAAAAAACGCGUAAUCUUACAACUCCCCCUUCUCUUUCACAAACUGAACAAAGAAAGAGCAAUUUUAUUUAUGGACUUGCAAACAUUAAAAAAAUUAAAUAUGUUUUGAACACGAAAUCUAGAUAGAAGGGCAACGGCGGGAAAAGUUCAGUUGAUAUGUACUUGGUUUAUUUCUUGUCUCAGGAGGUUAUAAUUCAUUAGUAAUAUAUAGUUGACGCUGUACUAAACACGAGAAGGGGAAGCUUAUUGGUCUUCAGCCUCACUUCCCCUUCCAGAAGUUGAUGACAAACACACAGGUACAGUUUUAACUAUAUACUACUAAUAUUUUCAAUAACGAAAGUUCUUCAAUAUUCAGCUUAAUUGCAUUGUAAAUAAUAAAUUAACCAAUGAAAUUUAUGUUUAAC